UUAAAAUAUUUACACAUUUCCAAAACGAUUUCUGGACAAAAAAUGUAUCUUUAGUGGACGAAACAUGAGCAAAAGCAAGAGGAAGGUUACAGUGGAUGCCGAUGAACGUAAAAAGCCCAGUGUCUUUGAGCGUCUAGGCCCUGGGGCUCUGCGACGACAAGUCGGAAAUUUCGAGGACUCCGAUUCAGAUGAGUUUGUCCAGAGAUGCAGAAAUUGGGACAAUACAGGAACUUGUUCCUAUGGCAACAAGUGUAAAUUUCUGCAUGACACCAAAGGAAAGCCGCGGAAAGAAGAGAGUCGUGAGGAUCUAAGGCUACGAGUGAAGCCGAGGAAAGGCAAGCAGAUGGCUAGUCAGAGUGAUUCAGACGAUUCUGGGGAGAGAGACCUGGAGUACAAGGAAAAACUUGAGCUAGAGAGACAACGACAGCAGCUGCAGAGGGAACUCAGCCAGCUGGACGAGCAGGAGGCCCCACCAGUACGGGGGGCGACGCGGGAAAACUUCCGCAUCCAGACCAAGAUGCCCAAGCAGGUGAGCAGUUCUGACUCCGACAGUUCAGACAGCCGCAGCCGAAGCCGACCAAGAAAACAGGGGAAAAAAAAGCCAAAGAGAAAGCAGCAUUCCAAAUCUCCGACUAAGGGAAGGCUAAGGAGCCCAAGCCCAGGCUUUACCAGUGAUGAGCCCCACAAGAAACACAAGAAGAAAUCCAAGAAGAAACACAGUCGGGGGGACUCUGUCUCAGAUAUAGACAGAGGGUCGGAACCAGAGCAAAAAACACGCAAAUUACUCAGUCCCCUGAAGUUUAAGAAGACUAAAAAUGUCAUAUCAAAGACUAUCACAGCUUUUCACUCUGAUGAGGAGCCUGAAAACCUGGCACAGCCCCCUAAAAUGAGCCUGACCAUGCCCUCACGGUCGCCACCGCACGGCAUUGUUAUUCCUGCCCUGCCAAAACUGAAAUCACCAAGGUCAAGGUCACCAUCAAGUGAUGAAGGCCAUAGGGUGGAAAAAGUUAGGGAGAAGAUAUCUGUUACUCCUGGAAAGAAGAAAAAGGACAGGAGAGUUUCACCAGAGUAUGUAAGGGAGCCGAAGGGUGAAAAGGUGAAAGGGUCAAAGAGAAGGUCAAGGUCAAGGUCUGUGAGUUUAAAUAGGUCAAGCUCAAUGUCAUAUUCACCUGAUGGGAAAAAAGCAAAGAAAGCUGAAAAGAAGAAGAAAAAGAAAGAAUUGGAAUCAUCAUUUGAGAAGAUGAAAGACACAUCUCUAGACAGAUCUAGAGGAUUUGAAGGGCGAGAAAGAGAUAGGGACAUGAGUCCAGCAUCCAGUUUCAGAGACGUUUCGCCCAUGCCCAGUGGAAAAAAGAAGAAAGAUAAGAAAAAGAAGGAUAAGAAGAAGAAUCGAGACCUGUCUUUAGGUCGCGAGGAGGUGGUGGUCGAUAGGAAGAGGAAGGAUAAGGGGGUGAGGGAGCGGGAGAGAGACAGAUCAGAGUCACCCCCUCCUGCACCCCAGGGCCGUAAACAGGAGAAAAGAGGCAUCGACAGGGCUGCUAGAAAAGAGUUUGAAGGUCGUGGGAGGUCACCUCAACGGCGAGUGUCAAGGUCACCUCCAUAUCAAGAUAGAAGGGCAAGGUCACCAGAGCCACUGCUUAGAGAGCCGGUAGAGCGAGAUGAUAGGGAUCGUGAAACACGGGAAAGGGAACCAAGGGACACGAGAGAUUCCAGGAGGGAGUUGAGGCCAGAUCCACGGGAAACUAGAGCUGAUCCACGGGACACCAGCAGGCAUGAUUCGCGGGAAUCCAGAACUGCUGAUCCACGGGAAACUAGACUUGAUCCGCGUGAUUCCAGGCUUGAUCAGAGGGAUAGGGAUGUCCGAGGACAGAGAGAGCCAAGGAAUGACUCAAGAGAUGGCAGGGAUCGUGAUGGGAGGGACUUAAGGGAACGAGAUAAAGAAAUACGGGACAGGGAUAUAAGAGAGAGGGACAGAGAUCGGCCAGAACCGAGGGAUGCGAGGGACAGAAGGGAGCCUAGAGACCGAGAUGACAUCCGUGAUCUCCACGAUCCUAGAGACCGGCCCGGCCCAGGUAGUCGAGACUUUGACCGGGACAUUCCCCCUCGGGACCUCCCGCCUCGUGACAUAAGAGACAUACCAAUUGUGAGAGAUGGGAGAGAUCUACCCCCUGCACGGGAUCUACCACCGGUUAGGGAUCUUGCCCCUGGGCGAGACAUUCUGGACCCACCUCCACCCCUUGUGGUGGGGGACAGGAGAGACAGAUACCCUGCCCCCCUGGGGGAUGACAGGUUUAGGGAUGAGCCCAGGUUUGAAGAUGCGAGAUAUGCCCCGCCCCCACUUGUCCCACCAGUUGGUGGGUUUGAUGACCGUGGUGGGCGCUAUCCCCAGAGAGGGGAGCCCGAGAGGUACCCAGGGGACUUGCCUGACCGCCCUGGGGCUCCGUACGGGGGCCGGAUGGAUAGGGAGCCGAGGGAUUUGUCAGGAGACCGGAGAGGAGAGCCCUUAGAUGCACCUUUUGACAGAUACUCGGGGCCAAAUAGGGGGGAACCCAGAUAUGGAGGAAUGGGUCGUGGUGGUCGCUAUGACCCGCGGGAUAGAAGGGACCAGAGAGACUCCCGUGGGGGGGAAUGGGAAAGGGGCCGGGGACGAAACAGGGGAAAUAGGGGUCGGGGUGGAGGACCACAGGACAGAGGAGGUCGUCGUGGCGAUUGGGAGGGUGGUCGUCAUGAUGAUGGCUACCCGGGCGAGAGGCGGGACUGGGGAGACAGGAAGGAGGAGAGAAGAGAUGACAGACGACCCCUUCCCCGGGAUGAUAGCAGGGAUCGCAAUGAAAACAAGGCAGAUGCUGACCGGGACAGAGACAAGCCGGACACUCGGGACAGGGACAAACCAGAAAUACGAGACAGGGAGGGAAGGGAUGAAAGGGAAUCCCUGAAGAGUAAAGAUAGUGGAAGGGACAGCGGAAAAGAUCACCGAGAUGACAGAAGGCCACCGCGGGCUGACAGGAAGGACGACAGGUUCAAUGAUAGAGACCGAAAAGAUGAAAAGACUGAGAAAAGAGAAGAUUCCAGAAAACGUGACACAGAUUCUGACAGCAGUAAAAAACGGGAUGAAGAUCGAGAUAAAGAUCUGCCCCGGGGUAAGGGCAGAGAACGGGAGGAUGAACGGGAUAGAGAUCAAAAAAGAGGGAAAGCACAGGAGCGGGAGGAAAACAAGGAUAUUCCGAGAGAGAAACUGCGUGAGAGAGACGAUGAGUGUGAAAGGAAGGACAGAGUGAGAGGUCAGGAGGAGGAAGGGGAGAAGAGACGGGAACGGGGAAGAGACAGGGACGGCCGGAGCAGAGAUGGUGAGGACAGGAAACGGGAGGAUAGCGUUGACACAUCAAGGAAAAGGAAGGAGCGGUCACGGACUAAGUCUCGUUCUCCGUCAGUGAAGAAGCCUAGGGACAGUUCCCCGGCAUUGUCCACACUCAGCAAGAAGUCACAACGGGAACCAGAUAUAGACAAACACAGCGAGAAGGGCAGUGUGUGUGGUAGCGAGAGGUCACGCAGGUCAAGGACACGAAAAUCACGGAAAGAUGAGGAGAAACGUGAGAACAGGAAACCGCUAAAAGGAAGUGAUGUGGAGGGUCGGGAGAAGAAGAGGUCAAGGUCAAGGUCACAUUCCCGGGAUAGCAAGGACAGCAAGAGACAGAGGCUGGAUAGUUUCUCAGAAGGAGAAGGUCAGUUAGCGGGCUUUGUGAUCAAGGAUACAGUCGGCUCUGACAGGGAAGAUGGAGGCAACCUGGACAACAUUGACCCCAACUUCAGUGAUUGGUCAGACGAGGACUCUGAUGAUGAUAUCCUCAACAGGCCAGGAGAAAAUUCGCCUAAGAAGCCUGAUGUUGAUGGUGAUGUGAAGGGAAGCCCCACUGACAGCCCAACAGUGGAGGGUCAGGAGGAGGGCAAGCAGGCAGGGGACGGGGAAGGGGAACCUGAGGAGCUAGAGUCUAUAUCUUCAGAUGAAGUCGGGCUUGUCGACCGCGUGAAGUUGGCGGCUGUGGAUGCCCUGCAGAUUGACUGGUCAAGCCUGGCCCGUGAUGAACGCCCAGUGCUACAGACUGGCUCAGCCCUGCAGCGGUUUAAGCCGGGGGCAUUAUUCGCGAGGAUGGGCGUGUCACGGGCAUACGCAGGAGAGGAGGUGUAUAAGCAGGUGCUGGAGACGUGCAGACAACACGAGAAAGAGGACAGCAAGAAAGAGGACAGCGUCAAAGAACCAGAAGACAGUCCUCCAACCGCAGAAAAAGAAACAGAAAUCAAACAGGAGAUUACUAGCGAAGAUCCCACAAAGCCAAUAGAAUCAAAGACUGUAGAAAAAUCACCAGUGACAGAGGAAACGAUCAACCCAGAGGAUAAAGACUUUAAUUUCCUCAGUGAUGUUGCCAUGCUCCAUUCUUCAGCACUACAGAAACUGAGAGAGCGUAGAUCCCUGAUGUCCAACAUCGGGUCAUACCGUCGAGCGCUGUGUGCACGCAGGGACCUAGAAAUGAGAAGACAACUCUGCAAGGCUGAUAAGGUGCUGGAUGUGAGCCAGCUGUUCACUAGCCAGGAUAUGGACAUAGAACUAUUCAGACAGAGUGUACAGUUGCUCCGACAGGCCAGACACCCUGACACGGUGGAGAAACAGGUUCCUGACACGCCUGGUGAUCACACACUCGGGAAUCACUCGCCCACACCCAUUGCCUGUCCAUGAAGCUCACAUACUGUGGGGAAACAUACACAAAACUUGCCUUUUACUGUGUGACAAUUAUACAGCACAGUGACAAUUCUCCUGUUGUCCACCAAGAUUACUCUUAUUUAGGACUUGGACACCACAGGGAAGUUCUACACAUGGUCUUUUAAUAGUAAAAUGCUCAGUGACAAACCAUAAUCAUUCUUUCACUUGCUCUUGGAGCAUUGUGUCAUUCAUCAUGUUUGCUUAUUUGUUAGCUGCGUCUAUGAACACUGAAGACCUGUUGCCAGUCUUUCAAAGGUGGCCUUCAUGUUUAGUAUUUGACGUAUCCACACAAGCAAUGCCUGUAUCAUAUGGUAUGAGAUGUUCUUGGACAAAAUGCAAUUGGAUGUCAUCUACAGACAACCUAUAACAGUGUUUUUGCUGAAUAUAGAUGUAUGCAUCUUCUAUUAGUGUUAUUGAAUGCCUGUAACAUCAGAAUACUAUCAUCUCAGAUGAUUGAAUUUUUGUAACAAGGUUCUUUAAGCUUUUAUUAUUAAAAUUAUUGUGUUCAUUGUGAAGAAAGCUUAAUAAACUGUGAAAUCCUG